AUGAACACUUCAAACACUGCCAGUGAGUGGGUUUUGAAGAGCUCCAACCAUUCUGCUAUCAUUUUAGACAAACUGAACAUUAUGAGGGAAAACAAUAUUGGGACAGAUUUACGACUAAGUAAUGGCGAGCAGGAAGUUUCCUGUCAUCGAGUUGUAUUCACUGCUGUCAGUGAAUUUGCUAAGAGAACUUUAUACAUAGAUGAGCCCAACUCUGAUGCAGGUACACUCCAAAUUGACAAUAUGGAUAUUAAAUCAUUAGAACAAUUUGUAGAGUAUGUAUAUACUGGUCAGAUAAAAGUAAAUGAUGAAAAUGCCAAUAAUUUGGUAAACAUUGCUGAAAUGUUUGAGGUGGAAACUCUGCGUGUUGAAUGUAUCGCUUUCAUGAAGAGAUUCACUAAAGUACCUGCAAAUGCAGCAGAUUCAGGAAAUACUUCACAGAAGGUUUCAUCUCCUCAGAAAUGUACUGUAGAAGUAUUGAAGAUGGCAGGUGGAGGUGAUGCAGUCCAGUCAUCAGUAAAGAAAAAAGUCAGUCUUACCGAGACAAGAAACACAGAAGAAUUUGAGUCUAAUUGUUCAACAGCAAAGGAAGUUAACAUAAAUAAGGAUUCUGAUGACAGUGAAGUUGAAGAUGGAAAACCAUCUGGUGAUGAUAGUCAAGAUUGUGAUUGGUCUCCUCAAACAGUAAAACGACAAGAAACUUUGUCUAGAAGAUGUAAAAAAACUCCAAAUUUGGCUUCACGCUUUGGUGCUCGAAGACACGAUAAACUAUCUGCCAAAAAACCCAGAAGACCAUUGAGUGUACCGAAUCAGCAAUGCACAUUUUGCAAUAAAAGUUUUUCUGCUGACCGCCUGAAAAAGCACAUGAGAAUACAUACUGGUGAGAAGCCAUACAUUUGUAAUGUAUGUGGAGACCAAUUUACUGUUAGUUCUAACCUUUAUAGACACUGUCGCAGUAAGCAUGGUAAAGCAACCCCCGAAAUGAUUGGGAGAAAUAUGAACACAUCUGUUGUGCAAGAAAUUGAGGAAGAUUCAAUGAGUAGUUCAACUUCACAAACAAGUCAAAAUAUUGCAGAGAAAAUAGGGUCUGAAAAGCGUACUUUUGAGAGGAAAGGAGAGGAUUUACAGGAAUUUGUAAUGUCACAAGAAGAAACAACUUCUGAAGCCUUAAAUCAGUAUAGUGCCGAUGUUAAUAAUUUAAAUGAUCAUGUUGGUGAUGUAUCUUUAAGUACGAAUGACAUUGACUCACCCGAGAAGUCAGAAAAGAGACACACAUCUCGAUUUGAAAAUAACAAUAGUGUGAGUAGUGCUGUAAAUAACACCAACAGUUUCUCAAGUCCAAGUAAAAACACCCGAAGCAGAACAAACCUGAAUGAGAAUCUACAAUGUGAAAUAUGUAAUAAAACACUGUAUGGUAGCACUGGACUGAAAAGACACAUGCGAAUACACACUGGUGAACGACCAUACUCGUGUAACCUCUGUGGCCAGUUAUUCACUACAAGUUCAAAUCUCUAUAAGCACUGUCGGACAAAACAUGGGGGAGUAAAGCCGGAAAUGAUUGGUAAAUGUUCCGAAAAAACGGCUACUUUAGACAAGUAUUUCACUUGUAAUGUUUGUGGGAGUCAGUUCACUACAAGUUCCAAUGUGCAUAAACACUGUCGAACAAAGCAUGGUGAAGUGAAUCCUGAAAUGAUCAGCAAACCACCAAGGAAGCAAGGAGAAGAUUUAUUGGAACACAGUAAGGAUGAACUAAUGUCAGAAUCAAGUAAUGAUUGUGAGGAAGAAGGUGAUUCACAGUUCGGUGAUAUGUUUAGUUGCCCAUUGUGUGAUGAAACUUGUAGGGACAUGAGUAAACUGAAGAAUCAUUUGAAAGAAAAGCAUUCAAAUGGCAGUAAUAAUCCUGUGGAUAAGCAGAAAGAUACAAGACUCUCAAUCACACAAAUUAGUCCUGGCAGAUUUAUUGUGGAUAAUAAUCUUGGUGCAGAGGAGCAUGACAGAACUAAGGAUGGGAUAUCAAUUUCUGUUAAAGAUACUGCACAAAAGGAUGAAACUGAUGUUCGUGAUAUUGGGGUUCCAGUAGAUCCUGAUCCUGACAUAGUGACAUCAAUGAAUAUUGUUGCAGCUGCAGAACAAGAGAAAGUGCUAUCCUUUGAUGAAAACAAUGACAUGAUUGUCACAUAUGGUGGGACUUGUGAAAAAGAAUCCAACCUGGGAUUGACAAAUGAUGAUACUUUAGGGAACACUGUUCUAAUUAAUGAUAAACAUAGCACAACUGAGGUAGAUAAGGAGACUGGAACUAGUACAGCUACCCUGGAUGAUGAUAGUAUUGCUAUGACAGAUAAAGAGGCUGGGGAUGAUGAAAAUAGUACCACAGUCCUAGAUGAGGAGGCAGAAACUAGUAUUGCUGCCCAGGGUGCUGAGAAAGAUGAGAAAGAGUUGGAUCAUUCAGAUGAUGUAACAAAAGAUGGAUUAAAAUCAACAGAGGGAGGUACAGAAUUCAACUGUCCUUUAUGUGAGUUUCCAUGCAACAACCUACUUGACUUCAAAUUACAUGUAAAACAAUUACAUCAAAGUACACAAAACUCUGACCAACAAACUACAAGGGCUCUUCAUAAAUGUAAUGUCUGCAACGAAACAUUAGAUAGUAUUCAUGCAUUGAAACAGCAUAUGAUGUCACACAGAAGUGACAAGAAUUUUGUUUGCAAGGUUUGUGAUGAAAGGCUAGUUUCAAAUAUUGCCCUGCAUUUUCACUGUCGCAGUAAACAUCCAGGGAUAAAAUUCAGAAGAAAGUCUGUGCAGAUGAAUUCCACAAAUCAAUUAAAUUGCCCAUUAUGUAAAAUUCCAUAUGCAACACGAGUAGCACUUGAUAAACAUAUACGCGAGUGCCACAUGGAAGAUUCAGAAGCUCUGAAGUUGGUGGAUCCUUUGUAUGUGCAGCCUUUGGAAGGUCUCUCGCAUAAAAUUAAAAAGUCUGGUAAAAUGUCAUAUGCUUGUACUUCUUGUGGAAAAAAAUUCAGAGCCGCAAAUAAAGCUAAGUUGCACAUGCGUGCAGUCCAUUUAGGGGAAAGGCCAUAUGUUUGUGAGAAGUGUGGCAGGUCUUUCGGCUACCCACAAACUCUUAAGCUCCAUAACCAAACUGUUCAUGAAAAUCUGAGACCCUUUAAAUGUACUGUGUGCAGUAAGGACUUUGCCCGAGAGGCAGGACUGAAAGAUCACAUGAAGUCGCAUACAAAAGAAAAAUCAUACUUAUGUCAUCUGUGUGGAAAAUCCUUUAGAUACAUACAGAGUUUUAAUGCUCAUAAAAAAAUUCACAGCUAUGAGAAACCCUAUGAAUGUGAUUUGUGUAGUAAAGGGUUCAAGUCGAAAGGAAACUUAACUGAUCAUAAAAAACGUGUUCAUCGAGCUGGUCCAACCACUGCAUGUCAAGUCUGCAAUAAAGUUAUGAAUGUCAACUUCCUUAAGAAGCACAUGAUUACACAUUCUGAUUAUCGUCCUCACACAUGUCCGACUUGUGGAAAGACAUUCAGAACUGGACUGAAAGAUCAUUUAAAGACGCAUACAAAGGAGAAACCAUUCCUGUGUCAUUUGUGUGGGAAAUCUUUUGGUUACAUUCAGAGUUUGAAUGCCCAUAAAAAAUUGCAUAAUGAUGAAAAGCCCUUUGAAUGCGAAUUUUGUGGGAAGUUGUUUAAAAAAAAAGGAAACUUAACUGCUCAUCAAAACCAUGUUCAUAAAACUGGUCCUACUGCUGCCUGUGAAACUUGUGGAAUCGUUUUGAAUGUUAAGUGUAUGAAAAAACACAUGAUUGCACAUUCAGAUCAUCGCCCUCACACAUGUCUUACUUGCGGUAAGAAGUUCAAGACUGAAAGAAACCUGCGAAAUCAUGAAUCAACACAUAAUACAACUAGACCAUUUGUAUGUACUAUAUGCAGAGUGACUUUCAAAGCACAGUAUCAGUUGCUAAAACACAAGGCUACUCACAAGUUGCCUUUUCGUUGUGGCCAUUGCAAACAAGGUUUCAAAACAGAAGAUUCCCUGCACAUUCAUCUGAAGAUCCAUUCCCGAAGGUUUGCUUGCAGCCAGUGUCAUCACAGUUUUGAUAGAAAGAAAAGUCUUGAAAAUCAUCGAAAGUUCUGUAGAUUUUUGCCCAACGCAGACAAUGCUACUGAAGAGGUCCAUCAAGUGGUAUUCAUUCAGCCAGUGACAGAUAUUGCUACUGAGGCCCAUCCAGAUAUUGCUAGUGAGGCCCAUUCAAAUAUUGCUACUGUGGUCCAUUCAGAUAUUGCUACUGUGGUCCAUUCAGAUAUUGCUACUGUGGUCCAUUCAGAUAUUGCUACUGUGGUCCAUCCAGAUAUUGCUACUGAGGCCCAUCCAGAUAUUGCUACUGAGGCCCAUUCAGGUAUUUCUACUGUGGUCCAUCCAGAUAUUACUACUGAGAACCAUCCAGGUAUUGCUACUGUGGUUCAUUCAGAUAUUGCUACUGAGGGUAUUGACAUUUGUGCUCAGGCAGUGGCAAGUCUUCAGGAAGUGAUGACUACUUCAUUAUAA